AUGGCGGCUCCCCACCCACUGUCAGCUCUCUCCAUUGAGGAGACGAAUCUCGCUCGGGACGUCGUCAGGGCAGCUCACCCUGGCACGGUCCUCUUCUUCCGCCAGAACUACCUCUGGGAACCACCCAAGGCCGAUGUGCUCCGGUUCCUCGAGCUCGAGCACUCGCGCCAGCUUACGCCCUCGUCUCCGAGACCGGCAAGAUGCGCUCAGGUGUUCUACGAUGUCAUUGGUGGCAAGGCCAAGGCCCAGUACAACGAGGCCGUCGUCGACCUGAAUCUCAAGGCAGUUGUUGACCACAAGAUUAUCGGAACUGAGCACCAGUCCAGUUUGACCACCAAGGAGUUUGAAGAACUUGUAAACUGUGUUCAAGCAGACGCUCUCUUCCAACAAAAGGUCUCUGAGCUCAAGCUCCCAGAGGGCUUCGAGGUCAUUGUGGAGCCAUGGCCUUACGGCGCCCCUGACAUUGAGGAUGGCGACAACCGCUACUUCCAGGCUCUCAUGUUUGCCAGGGAUACCCGCAGCGGGAACCCGGACUCCAACUUCUAUGCCUACCCCCUGCCGCUUAUCCCUGUUAUGGACGCUGCAACCAAGACGAUUGUGCGCAUCGAAGAGCCCGCGACAGGUGGCCGAGGGGAAAGCCUCACAGCCAAAACUCACAAGCCCGAGAUUGUGGACCAUUGUCUGGAGAGCGAAUAUGUCCCCGAGCUGCUUCCCGGGGGUGUCAGAAAGGAUCUCAAGCCCUUGACCGUUGUCCAGCCUGAGGGUCCCAGUUUCUCCAUCACGGAUGGCAACCUUCUGAAGUGGCAGAAGUGGAGAAUGAGAGUCACAUUCAACUCUCGAGAAGGUGCUGUUGUACAUGAUGUCCGAUAUGAUGGUCGCCCUGUCAUGUAUCGUUUGAGUAUUAGCGAUAUGACGGUUCCUUAUGCCGAUCCUCGUCCUCCAUACCACCGGAAGCAGGCCUUUGACUUUGGCGACGGAGGCCUUGGUCACUGCGUCAAUAACCUGACUCUAGGCUGCGACUGCCUUGGUGUCAUUAAGUACUUUGAUGGUGUUCUUAUCAACUCCAACGGUGAUGCCGAAGAGACUAAGAACGUCAUCUGUCUACACGAACAAGACAACGGCAUCAACUGGAAGCACACUAACUGGCGAACGGGCCGAGCGGUGGUCACCCGUCGCCGUGAGAUGGUCAUCCAGUUCAUCAUCACACUUGCCAACUACGAGUACAUCUUUGCUUUCAAGUUCGACCAGGCCGCCGGUAUCAACAUCGAGGCACGUGCUACCGGCAUCGUAUCCGUUGUCAAUAUUGAUCAGGGCAAGACCGCACCCUGGGGCAAUGUGGUCAGCCCUGGUGCCCUGGCCCAAAACCACCAGCACAUCUUCUGCAUCCGGGUUGAUCCUUCAAUUGACGGGCACGAGAACACCGUCGUCCAGGAGGAGAGCCUUCCACUUCGCCUUGACCAGCGCACCAACCCCAAGGGCAACCUGUACGAGGUGCGCCACACGCCAAUCACCACAUCGGCUGGUCUGGAUGCCGCACCAUUCAACAACCGCGUCUUCAAGAUCCAGAACCUAAACAAGAUCAACCCCAUCACCCAGAGACCAGUCGGGUACAAGAUCAUCCCGCCUGCAACCCAGCUGCUCCUCGCAGACCCCAACAGCCGCCAAGCCCAGCGAGCGCUAUUCGCAAAGCACCACCUCUGGGUCACCAAGUACAAAGACCACGAGUUCUUCGCCGGCGGCCGCUACACGCUGCAGAGCAAGCGGGAGAUCGGCGGCGUCAGCGACGCCGCGGACCGCAACGACGACGUCCUCAACCAGGACAUUGUGGUCUGGAGCGUCUUUGGCCUGACCCACAACCCGCGUAUCGAGGAUUGGCCCGUGAUGCCGGUCGAGAUACUGAACCUCUCGAUCACGCCCACCGACUUCUUCACCAAGAACCCGGCGCUCGACGUCCCCUCGGACAAGGAUCUGGGAUCUCAGCUGACUGCUGGUGCCAGCUCCGGUUCUGGUUCCAGUUGCUGUAAACUCUAA